UUGUACGUGUUUGGUCACUUCGUCUUAAAAAAAAAUAAUAAAUUAAGAAAUUACUAUUAAAACAGGGCUUAUAAUGGUUUAAUGGUUUUAGGAGUAAAAAGAGUAAUAACCUUUUGUGCAUGUUUUGCUAGUAGCAUCCUUAUGCUUUGCAAAGAUAUAUGGCAGAAAACCAAAAAACCAUAGAGUGACUUGCCACAAAACUGCACAGUAAUAAAAACGAAAGAAAGAAAAAACCUUUCGAACAAAGAAGAUAAAGAACAAAACAAAGUGUGAAAUAAUCGAAAUACAAUCGGAAAAAUAUGUAAGUUGGGGUAAAAUGGGAUAGAGUUUUCUAAAGCAAUUAGCAUUAACUGCCUAAGGUCCAUGGCAAAAAGGUUAAUAAUCGUAUAUAUUCAAACAAAAUCGGGUAUUCGUGUGUGUGUCUGUAUGUGUGAGUGCUAAACAGAACGCAGAUAAAUUUUUUUCGUGUGAGUGAAAAAAGUGAAAAAAUAAAAUAAACCGAAAAAGGCAACGAAACGGAAUAACAAAUGACAACAAGAAAAAUAUUCUUUGUUUAACGCAUACACAAAAUAAUAAUGAAUUGUUAAUUGUUUAAACCCGAAGCGGCGGUGGCAAACACUCUUUGUUUCCUUCGAAUAAAAAAAAAAAUAAAAAUAUUAAAAAAAAAUUAUAAAGAGAACCACCAAAAAAGAAAAGUAAAUAAAAAUUACGGCAUCGAAUAGAAUUGCAUUUUUGUUGCUGCGAUCUCGUAAAAUAUUGACGUCACUUGGAAUACGAAGCUACAAGUACAGAAAUUAACAUCUUUCAACAUCGUAGAAAAACAAAAAAAAAAUUGUUUUCAUAGAUUUUUUUGUUUUUUCAAAAGUCUACUGGCGUUUGAUUUGUCAUCAAAGUAAAUACAAAAUCAUAGUUGCAUCUUCUCACUUAUUAGCUAAAUGGAGGCAUCUGAUGGAUCGCCUCCACCAUCAUUGUGUAUGGUACGAGCCGCUGAAUUAUAUCCAAAACCGCAAAUGGAGAAAGAAGAUAUCGAAUUAAAAGUCCCAUUUCAGGAACUUGCUGGCGAGUCUGUCAAGUAUUUGGGACGUACCGAUGAUGGCAUUUUGGCCUUAUCCAAUUAUCGCAUAUUUCUACAGAAAUCCUCAACCAAUGUUGAGACAUCCAUACCAUUGGGUCUUAUCGAAUCGGCCCAAAGUCGUGAUCUGUUCCAUUUGAUCAUAUGCUGCAAGGAUGCAAGCACAGUUAAGUGUUCAUUUGAGACUGCCGAACAGUGCACCGAAUGGCAAAGACGCAUACAAAUGUCUGUGGGUGUGCCCGAGACUUUGGAAUCGAUAUUUGCCUUUCCAUUUUGCUCUUGGGCUUGUGACACCUUAAACGGCGGAGCAGGUGGUGGCAGCCAAACAUUUAGCAGCAUUAACAAUUCAAAUAUCGAAAAUGGCCCCAAUCCCUCAGCCGUGUAUUCAGUGUUGGACUAUGCGGAAAGACUACAAAAGUCCGGUUCACGUUAUGAGGAAGAUUUUAUGCGUGAAGUGGAACGUUUGGGUUUUGAUUUGAAUGGUUCAUGGCGUAUAUCACAUGCAAAUGAAGAUUUCAAGCUGUGUCCCUCAUAUCCUCCCAAGCUUUUAGUACCCUGUUGCAUUUCAGAUGAUACUCUAAAUAAUGUGGCCAAUUUUCGAGGGUCUCGCCGUUUGCCAGCGGUGGUGUGGCGUCAUCGCAAAUCGGGGGCAGUCAUAGCACGUUGCAGCCAACCCGAGGUGGGCUGGUUGGGCUGGCGCAACACCAAUGAUGAGCAGUUGCUAAAAGCUCUGGCCGAUGCUUGUGCCUUUGAUAGGGGUGAACAAAUGCGUCAAUUUGCCAACACAUCACAAUCAGCACAAAGUAUACAGAUACCAUCCGGAGAUAGUUCGCCCUCCAGCCCAGAUGGCAGUCAUGAGGAGGUACCUUUGGACGAAGUGAGAAAAAUACUCAUUGUUGAUGCCCGAAGUUAUACAUCCGCCGUUACGAAUCGUGCCCGUGGCGGUGGAUGUGAAUGUAUCGAAUAUUAUCCUUGUGCAGAAAUAGAAUUCAUGAAUUUGGGCAACAUUCAUGUUAUACGCAAGAGUUUCCAUGCCUUGAGGCAAUUAUGUGCUUCACCACCAGAUGUGCCCAAUUGGCUGGGCCUAUUGGAGAAGACCAUGUGGCUGCAACAUAUUUCCGGCUUAUUGGCUGCCUCCAUGACCGUAUGUCAUGCCAUUGAGAAGAAGGGCAGACCGGUAUUAGUGCAUUGUUCCGAUGGCUGGGAUCGUACUCCUCAAAUCGUGGCCACAGCCCAAUUGUGUUUGGAUCCGUAUUAUAGAACUGUAGAGGGUUUCCGAGUGUUGGUAGAACGUGAAUGGCUUAGCUAUGGCCAUAAAUUUGCCGAUCGCUGUGGUCAUGGUCCUGGUUCCGAGGAACUAAAUGAACGUUGUCCAGUAUUUCUGCAAUGGCUCGAUCUUGUGCACCAAAUACAUAAACAAUUUAGUUGCAGUUUUGAAUUCAGCAUGGGCUAUUUGAUAAAAUUAGCCCAACAUUCACAUUCUGGUUUGUUUGGUAACUUCUUGUGCAACACCCUCAAGGAACGUUUGGAAAAUUCAGUUUUCGAAAGAACCUUCAGUGUUUGGUCUUUCCUGUCCAGUCCCAUGUAUAGAAAUCCUUUGUAUAAACCGCAAAGUUAUAAAGUGUUAUGGCCGGCUCAUAAUGUUAGGGAUUUGUCAUUGUGGACUGAAGUGUAUUUGGGCAGUUUGGGUGGAAAUCAAAAUGCCAUAGAUUUUCCCAACUAUAUCAAUGAUACUCCAAUGGGAUCUAUAAGUUCCAUGUCAAAGACGAGAUCUUAUGGGGAUUUAAUAACAGCAGGUUUUAUACCGAAUAGUAUGUCAAGACGUUCAAGUGAUCCAAAUAUGACCGUAGAUCCCAAUUUGACUAUCGGUUCAAAUUCGGAAAACAAUUCCAUAGCCGAUCUACAAUCUGACGAUCGUGAAGAAUCACCCGAUAUUUUAGCGAAUUUAAUACACGACACCACAAGAAAAUUGGAAAAUUUAACUAAUGAACUUGAUAAAGAUGAUUUCCAAUUGGCCACAAAACACAAUUCCACUUCCACAUUAGAAAGUGCAUUGGGCAAUGACAGCCACAGUUUGAUUGAAAAUGGAAUGACAAAUAAUGCAACAACUGGAAUGGCACCUUCUACAAAUGGCAUAGGCGGCAUUACACAUCAAAAUUCAAAUGAACAAAUCGGCUGUGAUUAUGACAGUUCAUCGAUGCAAAUAUUGCGACCAUCGUCCCCGAUAUCAAAAGUAUCGAUAGCAGAAAGUUCAAAAUUGACAAGCGAAAAUUUGCAUGUUGAGCAAGAGAAAGAAGAGAAAUUGAGGCGAGAUGUUACUGAUUCUGCGACAAAUGGAUUUAAUGGCAUUGAACUUAGUUCGAAUGGCAUCACAAUUGAAAAGCAUUCUAAUCUGGGUUUGGAUGUCAUGAUGAAAAGUGUGGCUUUGGAUGAUACCUGCCUCAAUGGCUUGGAAACGCAAUGCAAUGGUUCAGCAUUAAUGACAAACAGUAAAACUGAUGAUUCUCUAAAUCUAUGGCAUGGCUCCGUUAAUACCAGUACCGAUACCUUGGUACCUAUGACAGAAACUAAAAUACAAAAUGGCAGUUGUGACCUUACAGAUGGAGGAAACGGUGGCAGUGGUGGCACAUCAGACGCCUCAUUGUCCAAAAGUUUACAGGACUCACACACAACUGCCGCAGUCGCAAAUGCUCAAGCCUCAAAUACAAUGGAAAAAAUGAAGAUCAGCACAAAUUUCAAUAACAUAUUGCCAAAAGUUCAUAGCACUACCAAUAACAAUGUGGCCCUGCAAGCGCCAUCCCUACCACCAAGCCGACCAAAUCAACUUUCCACGACUAGCAGUGAGAAUAGUCCAAAGCUUUUAACUCAAAUCACUGCUGCUGCUGCAUCAUCAGGAAGUACAUCUACAAAUGGCAGUGAAAAUAUAUCGCUAAUAACAAGUCAAACCGAAUGUGAAAGUGAAGUCAUGGGCAUGGCAACUGAUUGCGAUGGUCGUGGUGGUGGCAUGGAGGAAAGCAUACUAAUAUUACCUGCACAUCGGAAAUUAGAAAUUUUUAUUAGUGGCAAAUGUGAAACAAUUGCAGCUAAUACAACUACCUCGUCAGCUAUGUCGAGUAUGCUGCCUCAAUCUCAAUGGCAGUCCCAUGGCAGUCUAGCAACCGCCAGCAGCACCUCCUCAACAGUAGUAACGGCACAGUGUGGUGGUGGUGACGUUGGCUCUUCGGCUGCAGCAACACCAACCUCAUCAAUGUCCAAUUUUAUUUUACCUUAUGCUAAUAGCAACACAAUAGCAACCACAACAACAAAUACUAUAAUACCUAAUACAACCACAGCUGCCUCUAGCCAAAGAAGAAGACGAACAUCUUCAACGCAUUCUGGCUUUGUAGCCAGACAACAAGUCAAUGGUGGAAGUAACACUUCUCGUUUCUCAUUGCCUGGCGGCGGUGUACGGUCAUUGCCUAUGACACCACCCGGUUUGACUGAAAGACAACAAGUUACUAAUUCCUGCCCCGAUGGUUUAGCCCAUGCUUUAAGCGAAGAAAAUAUAAGACUACAACAAAUUGUACAUGAACAUAAGAUGCUUGAAGAUGCAUUAAGACGUGAACUACAUGAAAUGCGUAUGGCCUUACUAAAGAAAAGUUGUCCAAACUGUAAUAAUGCCAAUGCAUCGGCGAACACUGAUGAACAGAGAAUGCUUUAUGAUAAUACAUCAAAUCUACCACCAUACCAUAGACGAUAUUAUGCCCGAUCCCUGCCUUCAUCGUAUCGAAAAUGCCCGAAACAUUACCGAAAGCGAAACAACAGUGGUUUACGACGUUAUUAUAGUUCAUCUUAUGAAACAAAUACCGAAGAUGAUGAAGUGGCUGAUUUAUAUGAUGAAAGUGGUAGUGAUGACGAUGAUAAUGAUAAUGGUUAUGAUUAUGAUGAUAAUGAUAUGUAUUCGGUAUCAGGGUGCUCUGCACUUGAUAAUGUAGAGAAUGCUUCGAUCUGUUCAUGGGAAGCUGUUGAAGAUCGCAGUACCAGUGGUCCAUCAUCCUGCACCACAACCAGUUCCUCAAUGCAACCAAAUGCCACAAGCGUAUUAUGGGUACCAGAUCAUGCUGUUUCGCGUUGCACCAGUUGUCAGACGGAAUUUUGGCUGGGCCGAAGGAAACACCAUUGCCGAUCCUGUGGCCAAAUAUUCUGUGCUGAUUGCUCUGAAUUCUGGGCCGCAUUGCCCGAUGCCAAACUCUUUAGCCCGGUGAGACUAUGUGGACCUUGUUAUACGGUCACAACACGUAGUAUACAACAACAGCAGCAGAUCAACCAUGAUAUGCAACAUAACAUAGUAGGUAGUAAUAGCAGCAGCCUGCAUUUGCAACAGAACUCUGCCGUUGCUGUAGCUGUAGCCGCAGCCGCAAAACCAGCAGCAACAUCAAAAGCCUGAAUACAAAAUAAAAACCAAUGAAGAAUAUGCCUAAAUUAUGGGGUUUAAAAGGAGUUAAAGGAGACAAGUAGACAAUGGGGCUUCACAGCCAGGAGUGAAGCCCAAAAUAAAAACAAAAAAAAAAAAAGAUUACACCUACCCAACAACCAUGUAUACCCAAGAUGAAGAUGAAGACGAAGAAAAAGAA